AUGUCCAUGCCGAAACCCGUCCCAUUGCCCUCUUCUGUCUCAACUCCUGCGCCUAUUCGCGCCAGCUGGACAGCCGUUCUCAAAGAUGCACGGAAUGAUUGGCCGUAUAUUUUAGUAUUAUGCCAGGGAUUCAUCAUGUGUCUUGGGACCUUCGUACCGCCGACCUACCUCCAGCUCUAUGCGGAAACACACGGAACAUCUAAACAAGCGUCUUUCUAUGCCCUUGCGGUGUUGAACUUCUCAGGUGUCUUCGGGCGAAUUGUUCCUAACUAUCUGGCAGAUAAAUUUGGCGCCCUUGGUUUUGCCAUGCUCGGCGCUGGAACUCCCCAGGGUGUUUUCCCUUUUGCCAUUUUUUAUGGGUUUUUCUUUGGCGGCACCAAUGGGAUGUACCUUCCCCUCAUUAAUUCACUCAGCACAGGAAGUGCUGAUCAUCUGAAGCGCUGCGGUAUAUCUCUCAUCCCACCGGCUGUCGCGGCACUCAUUGGUUUGCCAAUCACUGGAGCUAUACUGGGACCUGAUUUCAUAUGGUGGAGAGGAAUAUUAUUCGCGUCGAUGUCCAUGCUCAUUGCAACUAUAUUGGUCAUCAUUGCGAAGAUUCUGUUUGAUAGAAGGAAUGCCGCAGCGAAGCAGAGCGAAAAGCUGACCAACUCUCCGAAUCCGAUUCUGCAUAUUAAGGAUGAAGUUCAAUAG